UCACGCAGCGCCGCAUUCUGUCGAGUCUCGAGCGCAGGUAGCGGGGACACGAAGGAAGGGGUCCACGUCGCGUCGUUUCGCUCUUGCUUAGUCCGUCUGUUUGUGGAAGCACUUGUCGAGCCCGGUAUCUCUGCUUUCUCGUUCUCGCCUCUUUUUUUCUGUUGUUGCCGAGUGAUAUUUGUUGUUGUUGCCGCAACAACAACAACAGCGAAAAGGCUUGUUUUUGUUAUUGUUAUAAAAGCGACAAACCUGUCAUGAUGUGGAAGGUGUGCUUCCUCGUGUUGGCUUGCCUGGCGACGGUGGCCAAAGGAGAAACGAGGCGCCAGGCCACCGAAUACCGCUUCUUGGCCCAAAACUCAAUCGACACGGAUGAGUCUUCGGGAAUGUCAAGUGGAGAAGACCCAACCUGGGAUGUUCAGGAAGAAUCUACCUUGGAUGACGAAGAUAGCAGCAUUUCCUCAAGUGAAGAUGAUGACUUCUCUGGCUCGGGGUCUGGCUCAGGCUCAGGUGAUGCUGAUGCGGAAUCGGAGGAGGAUGAGACUCCCGACAGCAGUGAACAGGAAGAGGAGCUUCAGGUGGAACAAAGUAAAGACCUGAAUACGAUCCCAGAUGAUGACGAGAAGGAAGAAGAUAAGACGGAGUCCAAAAAUGAUCUUGGCGAGAACUACGAUGAGGAAGAGCCGAACGGAAUCAGCGUUCCCAAAAAGACGCCACGCAUUAGCACCGACAUGGACAACAAAGUUGAGACAUACGUCAUGGCUCAGAAGAAAGGCUCCCAGAAUCCCCUUGAAAGCACCGAGGUCCUGGCAGCGGUGAUCGCGGGCGGUGUCGCUGGCCUCGUGCUGGCCGUGCUGCUCAUCGUCUUCCUCGUCUACCGCAUGCGCAAGAAAGACCAGGGCAGCUACAUGCUGGGGCGCCCCGCUGCCCAGCCAUACCAGCGCACCAGCGACCAAGAGAUCUACGCAUAGGGCUCGCAAACCGACUGUUUUAACCAACCCCGCAACUCAUCACGAUCAUAAUAAUCUAAGAAGUAAAAGUUGGAACAUGUAAUGUGAUACACGUUCCUCAAGUUGUAAAAUAUCAGCCUAUAUUAAGCUGUUGUUGCUGAGAGGUUAUGAAUCAAGUGUGCUGGUUUUUAGGGGACCGUGCAGGGUUGGCAAUACAUUAAAAAGGAUGGAAACUUACCCGGCUUUUUUAAUCGUUUAUUGACCCAACAGGUGACAAGACUGAUUAAGGGACAUUUUGUUUUUAAGCAAAGACUGCCAGAAAUUAACUGGUGUUGAUGAAGUCAUUUAUUGACUUUAUCUUCUGACUGGUUGGAAUGUAUGAUUCACAAAACACUUAAACAGGUGCAUUAUCAGUUACUGAAGACUAAUUUACAUAAGCUAGCAAGCCUGUAAUAAUAAAGCCAACGAGCAGUCAUUGUACUACUGACUAGUGUAGCAUGCAAGGAUUUUUAUAAAUAUUCCUUUGCCCUAAAACCAUAUUCUUUUUUACAUUGACAUGUUGCCUGGAUUGUUUGUGCGUAGCCUUUGACAUAGACAUUUAGGGUUUAACACAAUGGCCCGUUUUUGUUGAUGUUUUAUAUUGCCUUCAUGAAAUGUUAACCCAUACAUGUUUUAUUCUAACAUGAUACAGGAAUCUAUUAAUUAUGUAAAUAGGGAUUAUUUUAACAUAUAACUUAUACCGAUUGUUCAUUUUAAUUAGAAUAAUUUCUAUAUGUUGAAUGUCUUAUAAUUUCCAGCAUUUCUGCUUGUUACGCUGGUAUUUACAGUGUCCAAAAAACAAACAAAAAAUAAAGUUAUUUAAGUAGU